UCCCAUAUGCUGUCUAUUUCAUAGCUUUCCAAGGAUUAGCAGCUAUGGUUGUUUCUAAGCUAGAUAGUGAAAUAUAUUCAGCAAUAGAGCAACUUACAACAUCUCAAAAAAGAAGAAUAAGAAGGAAGAGAUUACAAGCUGCUCGCGCUUGUGACAACUAUCAACAGAAUAAAGAAAUAGAAGUUAAAGAACAUACAAAUGACAUUUUGCCAAUAGUAGUUGAUAGAAACCCUUUAUCUGUGAUUGAUCAAAUAGGCAAUGAAUUGAAAGAGAGUAUUGAAUUGGGCAGCCGUAUAGAAAAUUUAACAAUGUCUUCAAAGGAACCAUCUAAAUCUAGAGAAGAAGUAUUAGCUGCCAGAGAAGCCAAAAAACGAUCCAAGUUAAAGGCUAAAAAAGGUGAUACAGUACAAACUGAAGGUAUAGGAACAAAGCCUGUAAAAGGUACAGUUAAAAAAGAUGUUCCUAAGCAAGGUACUGAUGAAAUAAAAAAUGCUAGCAUAGAAAAAUCAUCUAAGUUAACAAAUACUGUAAUUAAAGGUGAAGAUGAGGUAGAUCAUUUAGUAGAUAGUAAUACUUCAACAAAUGUAGUUAGCGUACAUAAAGAAAUUAUAGAUAAAGGAGAUAUUAGUAAUGAAAAAAGUAAAGAAAAAGUAAUUGCUGAAAGGGCAGCGAAAAAGGCAAUGAAACAAGCUAAAAAGAAAGGGCUGGCAUCAGACGGGGUUGAAGUUGUAAGUAAAGAAAAAGAACUUGAAAUUAAGCAUUCUUUGAAAGGUGAUAAUCUCCCAAAUAAUGAUAUGACAAUGAAAGAUGUAGUAGAAACAUUGAAAGAUAUUUUAAAUGUUGCAAAAGAGGUACAAGGUGUUACUGCUAAAGUUCAGGCAAUCAAUUUAGAACCUAAAAGACAAGAAGAGCCAACAAAAAGUAAAGCAGAAUUAAAGGCAGAGCGGCGAGCAAAGCAAGAAGCUCAAAGAGCAGCAAAGCAAGCUGCUAAUGUGGUCAAACAGAAAGAUGUUAGUUCUAAACCUGUAAAAAUCGAUAAAGAAGUAGUUAAAGUUAAAGAGGAUAAGCCCAAGACAAAGUUAUCAGACAAGACAAAAUCGAAACCUCAAUAUACACAAAGAAUAAACUGGUUCCAACACUUGUCCACUGAACAUGAUAAGGAAUCAUUAAAAAAUAUAGCUAUUAACUCCAAUCUGCAUCCUGCCAUAGUGAAACUGGGUGUGCAGCUUGCUUCGCGCGUGGUGGCCGGUUCCAACGCCCGGUGUAUAGCACUACUUGAUGCACUGAAAAAGAUGGUGACAGACUAUACUUUACCAGCGAAGACGGAGUUCGCGCGAGGACUGGAGUCUCAUUUAUCGGCAAGUCUCGACUAUUUGUGGUCGAUGCGACAGCCGUCCGCCUCGCAGACUAAUGCCAUCAAAUACUUCAGACACAACCUCACACAGUUGGAAAAUAAUAUUAAUGAACAUGAUGCGAAGAAAAUUCUGCUAGAUCUAAUAGACAAUUAUGUAAAAGAGCAAAUAGACAAAGCGGGUGAGGCGAUAAGUUUGGCGGUGCGAGAAAAAAUAAGUGAAGGCGACAAUAUACUAACAUACGGGUGCUCGUCGCUGGUGGAGCGCAUCCUGGUGGAGGCGUGGGCGGCGCGCGUGCGGUUCCACGUGGUGGUGGUGGGCUCGCGCCUGCAGCGCUCCGCGCGCGGCCUGCUGCAGCGACUGUGCGCCGCCGGCCUGCCCUGCACCUACCUCGACAUCACCGCCGUCAGCCACGUCAUCAAGAAGAUAGACAAGGUGGUGGUCGGCGCGGGGUCGCUGCUGGUGAACGGGUCGGUGCUGGGCGCGGCCGGCACGGCGCAGGUGGCGCUGCUGGCGCGCGCCGCCAACGUGCCCGUACUGGUCGCCGCCGAGACGCACAAGUUCUCCGACCGCGUGCAGACCGACGCGUUCGUCUACAACGAGAUCGGUGACCCUGACGAAUUGAUCGACAAAUCGGAUGAAAACUCCCCAUUAAAGGAUUGGCGGUCGAAUCCGAACCUAACGCCCUUAAACCUACUCUACGACGUAACACCCCCGAGCCUGGUGACGGCCGUCGUGACCGACCUGGCCAUCCUCCCUUGCACCAGCGCUCCGGUCGUACUGCGAACAAAGCUUGCCGAACAUGGAGUCUGAUAUUAUCCUAUUUUUCAUCGAACUUCCUCUCUACAUUAGUUUUUUUUGUAAUUACCUCAACAAUUGGAUGUUAAAUUUAGAUAUAUACAUUGUUAUUUAUAUUAACUUUAAACAAAUUGUAAAUGUAAUAGAUGUCUAUUAGAUGUACACUCCUUUGUAUUGUCCUGUUACAAAAGGUUUUAUAAUAGCAAAUUCUUAAUGUGAAUAUAUAAUUACUUAGAUGCAUUAUAUAUAUAUAAAUCCUACUUCUAUAUGUCAUAAUACCAAUUCUGACAAAAUUAAAACUUAUUUAUUCAGCAGCACCCAGUUUGAGUCACAAUUAUUAUGCAAUGCUACAAUAAAUCACCAAAAUGACCACCACCAUUGUGUCUAUCAUUUCUUAAUAUAAUAUUAACAAAGGACAAGUAAAUAUAACUUAGAUAAAAAAUACCUACAGGUAUACUGAGGUGAGCAAUUAAGAUAAAUAAAAUAAUAAAUAUUUAUUAUUUUAUUUUCUAUCCACACACUUUUCAGUUAAUGGUAUAAUUCAUUUACAGUUAUCUAAUUCAGAACUUACCUAUCAAUGAUUCAGUUACAUAAAUCAGUAGUUUGAUAUUAUUGCCAAAUGUCAUUCUAAUAACCUCAACCUCUCUUUUUUUAUAUUGUUAACUAUCAGAAAUUUCUUAUAAUCAGUAAGUUAUUGUACUGAAAUUUGUCAUAUUGCAUGUAGCAAUUUUAUUUGUUUAUCAGACUGUCACACUCAUGGAACUAUUUACAGUUACUUCUUGCUAACUAGCUAGGCAAUAAAAUUAGUGAUACAACUAAAUUGUUUUAUAGUUGUUCUUAUUGGCAUUUUAUACUUUUCCAAUUUUUAAAAGAAAAGUGGACUAAGUUAAUUUGUAAUAAUCCAUGUAAUGCUCAAAUAUUUUGUACAUAGUAAUAAAUUUACAUGAAGGCAUGGUUGAAAUUAAAGAAUAUUUUUAAAUAUUUGU